GCUGUCGAUAGUAAUUUACGACUAUUCGCUGACACUCGAGAGAGAAGUUUCAUUGAUAUGGAACAGGACGUGGAAAUUGGUGUCAUAUCUGUAUUUCUUCAACCGUUACGUCGGGUUGUUGGCUGCUAUCCUCGAGUUACUGGCGUACAUUGGCAAAAUUCCCUGGUCGACCUCGGAGUAUGUUGCUAGCUGCACGGUCUAAUACUAAGCUUGAACCUUGCGCUCAUUUUGUUUAGAUGUACAUCGUUGUACCUGACCGGCAUUUGGGUCAGUUUUGCCCUGCAAAUAUCCUUUCAAGGUAUCAUGCAGAUCUGCGUUUGGGCUAUGUACAAGAAAUCGAGAGCCAUCUUGGCCGUGAUGCUGGUUGCCUUCUUGUUUCAAAAUGGCGUUAUUCUGUACGCCAACAUUGAAACAAGUAUUACUACUCGAGACGUCAUGUCCAUAUCGGUCGACCAUCUCUAUUUUUGCUCCCCGGACUCGGAGGGCAACCUGAACCUUGUGUUAAUUUCAUAUGUCCCGGUGGUCUUGUUUGACGGACUGUUGCUAUCUCUUGCAGCGUUCAAUUUUCUCGUGCACCUGCGGAAUACAAGGAGGGUUAUUAGAUACCGGAAUCCUAACUCAUGGAUGAGGCUCUUGAUAUCUCAACACCUCAUCUAUUUUGUACUUUCUGUAUUCACAGACAUUUUGCUUCUAAUGGCUUCGAUCACCUCCAACGGAACUUUGCUCGAGCUGGCGAAUGUAUUUGGGUAUCUAACUUUCUACCUCAUGGGCCCGCGACUCGUCAUCAGCUUCAGGACGCAUGGAUUUGCCGUUCAGACUAGUACUCUGGUUGACGCCGAGGAGGUGGAAGCCGACUCUGCCAUAGAGAUGACUGGAAGAUUUGUCUCAAUACAGUAUCUCAAAUUUGAUGGUCCAAACCAGUCAUCUGCAACAACGUUGUAUCGUAAUUAGCAGAGUAUCAAGAAAACCUCUUGUCUGAUAAAUCCUGCCAAUAUUAGUCAC